UUUCCCCCUUCUGAUGACCAGGUGGCGAAUCGCAUCUCUGCAUGUCUGGCAGACAUAUCAGUGUGGAUGACGGAUCACCACCUCAAGCUGAACCUCAGCAAGACGGAGCUCCUCUUCCUCCCGGGGAAGGACUGCCCGUUCCAUGAUCUCGCCAUCACGGUUGACAACUCCAUUGUGUCCUCCUCCCAGAGCGCUAAGAACCUUGGCGUGAUCCUGGACAACACCCUGACGUUCUCAACUAACAUCAAGGCGGUGUCCCGUUCCUGUAGGUUCAUGCUCUACAACAUCCGCAGAGUACGACCCUGCCUCACACAGGAAGCGGCGCAGGUCCUAAUCCAGGCACUUGUCAUCUCCCGUCUUGAUUACUGCAACUCGCUGUUGGCUGGGCUCCCUGCCUGUGCCAUUAAACCCCUACAACUCAUCCAGAACGCCGCAGCCCGUCUGGUGUUCAACCUUCCCAAGUUCUCUCACGUCACCCCGCUCCUCCGCUCUCUCCACUGGCUUCCAGUUGAAGCUCGCAUCCGCUACAAGACCAUGGUGCUUGCCUACGGAGCUGUGAGGGGAACGGCACCUCAGUACCUCCAGGCUCUGAUCAGGCCCUACACCCAAACAAGGGCACUGCGUUCAUCCACCUCUGGCCUGCUCGCCUCCCUACCACUGAGGAAGUACAGUUCCCGCUCAGCCCAGUCAAAACUGUUCGCUGCUCUGGCCCCCAAUGGUGGAACAAACUCCCUCACGACGCCAGGACAGCGGAGUCAAUCACCACCUUCCGGAGACACCUGAAACCCCACCUCUUCAAGGAAUACCUAGGAUAGGGUAAGUAAUCCUUCUCACC